UUUUCCUCCUUCCCCCCUGCUCACCGUCCACAACGACGCCGAGAUGGACUUUGGCGAUCGCCCAGAGGAUGUGCAGAUAGCAGCGCGCGUACUAGGCUCUAUGAGGGAGGGUGGGGCUGCGCCAGAUAGCGAUACGGCGUCGACGAGCACGACGGCGAUGACUUCGGACAGGGAAGAGGGCAUGUCGGCGCUCUCCUCCCAGACCUCCCUUACCCCACAAGACGAUCCAUCAAUGACUGCGGGCCCCAGCUCGUCGGAGUUCCUUCCCCGCCUACAGAAUGCGCAUCCCCUGUUCGACAGCGCGCUGCGAGCGUAUAGCAGCACGAAGGCGUCGUCGCGCGUCGUCAAGUUUGGCGCGGAGAUGAUGGAGAACACGAUCAUGCGCGUUGGGGAGCGCCUCGUCGGCGAGGGGAUCGACGAGUUCGCGGUGCGGCAGUUGGAUAGGCUCGAUAGGUACAGACGACCGUCACAGUCAUCAAGUACGGAGACGGCGCCUAUGCGGAGGAAGAAGACGCUCGACGGCACGGGCAGCGAGGUGGACUCCCCCACCGGCGAAGCGGACUGGCGAUCGGCGAACAUGGACGUCGACGAGCGCGUUGGCGGGUGGCUCGAGUCGAGCAGCGCAUCGCACUCCCCUUCCUACCCCUCCUCAUCGCAGUACCGCUCCCCACCCCCAUCGUCCGCCCCCUCCCGCCCGCGGAGCCGUUCUCGGAGCCGUUCACGGAGUCGCACGCCGACAAGUCACCAACCAGAAACACCACAGCCCUCCCAAGAACUCCUCCCCACGCCUAACUCUCGAUGGCAGUCCCUCAUUAUGGCCACGCCGGGUGUCGCUGCGGCGGUACGGAUUAGUGACGAUAGUAGGAGACGGCUAAGAUUUGUGCUAGGGUGGUUGGGGUACGCCACCCAGCACAUUGAUGGUCAGAUCCUGAUCCUGCGCGACCUGAUCGCGAGCCUGCAGCCGCUAACGCCGGCGGAGGGACCGCAUGACCCUGGGCCGGAGGAUGAGGAAGCAGAGUCGUCUCGAGGAUCAGGUGCCUCUUCAUCCCGGACAGCAUCAGCCUCAGCCUCAAACUCCACCUCGAGAGCCUCAUCAGCAUCCACCUCGCGAGCCUCAGCCUCUACCUCGCGAGCCUCAUCCGCCCAAGCCCAUCAAGCCUCGCAGACGGUGAACUCGAUCAAGAAGGAUUUGGUGACGACGGUGCGGCAGGUGGUGGGCGUGGUUAGUCAGUAUGGGGGGAAGGGCGUCCUCCAACCCGACGCGCGCAACCGUGUGCGCGGGUUCAUCCUCGGGCUCCCGUCGAGGUGGCGGAUGACGGCGCCGGCGGUGCAGACGCCAGGCGCGGCGGGGGCGGCGGCGGAUGGCCACUUCUCCGGCCCCACCUCCGGCUCUCGCAAGGCGAAAGGCAAGGCCGGGCACGAAGUGUCCGGCAGUGCGAACACGAGCGCGACCUCGAGUCCUCGCGUGCGCCCGUAUGAGCUGCCCGCUCCUGGACCUGCGCAUCCGCAUUCGCACGCGCGACACUCGUCCGGAGACACCAACGGCCACUCCCGGCAUUCGUCCGCUGGCGCGGACGCCCGCGCCGACGCGAACGCGACCGUCCUCGCCGCGCAGCGCAUCCUCGUGCUCGCGACGGAGAGCCUGGACAUGAUGCGCGGGGUGACGAGCGUGGUGAAGGAUAGUUUGGAUCGGGCGGAUGCGUGGGUGGGGAGGUUGGGGAUCCCGAGCAGUCAAGGUACGCCGGGCGACGCGCACGAUGCGGAUAGGGAGCGGGAGAGCUUUUUGAGGAGCAGGGAGAGCUUCUUGGGGGCGAGGGAGAGCCUUUUGGGGGCGAGGGAGAGCGCGGUGCGGGAGACGGGGGAGGAUCCAGCGACUGGUCUCGGCCUGUCGCGCUCGUCGUCGACGUCGUCCCUGCGUGGUCUGCUGGAUUCGACGUUCCCGCAGGGGCUUGAGGGGCAGGCUGGCGCGAAUGGGCACGGCGGGUUCGCGAACGGGCAGGGUGGGUUCGCGAAUGGGCACAGUGAGCACGUCAAUGGACACGGUCAUGCCCGCCACGGGAGCGGGAGCAGGUUGCCAGAGCUGAAGCUUGGGAUCCCCGAGCAUCGGAUGAACGGCACCGUGGAGCAGAGAGUGAACGACACCGUGGAGCAUAGGAUGGAGGAUGGUACUCCGUCGGCGUUCGCCCAGGGCUUGCCUCCCUUGGGGAGUCCUACGAUGGCGGGCAGUCCGUCGCUGGCGCCGAGGGUGGGCAAUCUCAGCCUUCGGGACGAGGCGAUGCAUGGGUCUAGGCCAGGUAGUGCUAUGGACCUCGACUCAUAGCGGGCGCGAAUGAAGGAGGUGGUGUUGGUGGAUGAAGGGGUGGCAGCUUUGGAACGAAGGCUGAAGGACGAGGCGGCUGAUCUCAAUUGCACGCUCUUUGCUAUAACUUAUUCUGUGUGUCUUUCUCCCUCUAUCUAUAUAUGCAUGUCUUUUGUAUCUCUACCUCUCUGGACCUGCUUCUGAUUUAUACAGAGCUGCCUGCCAUUGUUCGUCCGCCGAG